CUUUCUGACCGUGCAGACGUGUAUUCAUCGUGUUGUAUGCUUUCUUGGCGCGUGAAUAAAUUACUCUCGCACAAUUACCGGAAGUCCAUGAAUCGUGGUGUUUGGCGGAAGGCAGAAUUGUGAAAUGGGUAAAUUGAAAAGUGUGGUUUCCCUCUGAGAAAACCCUUCAGUCACCACCGAAAUCUCGCAGAAAGGCUACAGCAGCAUCAGAACCAGCAGAGCAACAAGUCUUGUGGAGUGGAAGUUUUUCGGAAUAAUUCUUGAAUUUUUGGGGAAAAUAGGGUAAUUGUACUAAUUGACAUUUUGGGGAGGGUAUUGUGUGAGAUUUUGGCGCGCAAUUUAACGGGUAUCACCCUGUGUUUUUGAACUGUUGGAACCCUCGUCGUGGGGUUCUUUACGUGAGCCAAUAUGAAUGGGAUUACGCUGAUUGUUGCCAUCAAUUUGGUGCUUCUCCCGCCUUCCGAAUUCGUGCAAAUUGGCGAAAGUCAGUUGGAUGAGCUUCAGGCCCUGGAAAACAGUGAAGAUUUUCUCAGUGUUAUCUCUCGGCAAGAAUCCGAUGACAUCUACGCAGCCCCACCGAAUUCCUUGAGAGAACCUUCUUUGGAAUCUGGAGUGAAGAGUCGGGAUGUUCCUGGUCAGAGAAGAAGACACAAGUCCAAGAGACGUCGCAAGGUGAGGUUGGAAGUGUCAAAGAAUUUGGAAAGGCAGAAGGAGAUGGAGAGGCUGAAGGAGGAGGCUCAUCUGAUGGAGAUUGCAGAGAGAGAAAGGCUCCAGGAGGUAAGGCAGAGGCGUCGUGAAGAAAAAAUGCGCCUCAGGGAAGAGAAAAAAGCUCUGCGAGCACAAAAACAUAGGCAGAAAAUGCUCAAAGCAACAGAGAUCGAUUCCGCAGAAUGGCUUCGUGGGGAUUUAUCGUGUAUGAGGAGAACUUUUGUACCAGCGCCUAGAGUAGAUAAUGCUGAUAUUAAAUACAUAAAGAACGAUGCUCUUGGAGUGGAAAAUGCUUACUUGGAAGCUCAGUAUCGGUGUCGGGAAGGCUUUGAGAUACAUCUAGAUGGUAAUUCUUCAGCAAGGGUUUUCUGCAGGCACAGGUCCUGGAUUGGACAAACUCCCAAAUGUGUCAAAAUUGAAACAACAGUCUUGGUAAAGCGCUUGGAAAAAACCUGUGACCAAAAGGAAUGUGAUCAACUGUGUUUUGUGGACGAUAAUGGCAAUGAAACAUGUUCAUGCUUCCGUGGAUUUAGGAUGGUGGACGGCUUUUGCACUGAUAUCAAUGAAUGCACCGAAAGUGAAUCCCCUUGUGAAUUUGAGUGCCACAAUACUGCAGGGUCGUUCCGAUGCAAAUGCCCCAAAGGAUUGAGGCUCGAAGGAAGUUCGUGUGUGGAUGUUAAUGAGUGCCUGUUACGCAAUGGACAUGGUCCAUGUCAGGAUCUGUGUCACAAUACUCACGGAUCGUGGUUCUGUAGUUGUCGUCCAGGUGCCAAAUUGGCAGAAGAUGGCCAAAGUUGUGAAUUUGUGGACCAAUGCAUUGUCAAUAAUGGGAAUUGUUCCCAUACAUGCCAUUCUCUAAUGGGCACAGCUUUCUGUGACUGUCCAGAUGGCUGGCGACUUGGAGAAGAUGGAAGAACUUGUGCGGAUGUUAAUGAAUGUGAAGAGGCAGCUCAAGAGGGAAGAUUAUGUGCUUUUGAGUGUGUCAACACUCCAGGUGGAUACAAAUGUGUAGACGAUUUGAGCAGAAAUGAACCUCCUGAGGAUACACAAAUCCUUCUGACCACUUGUCCAGCUGGAUUUAGUUUUAAUUCAGCUUCGAGGGAAUGCGAGGACGUUGAUGAAUGUCAAGAGGACAAUGGAGGGUGUCAUCAAAAAUGCAGCAACACCGUAGGGAGCUUCUACUGCUCCUGUCAUUCCAACUUUAUUUUUGCCGACGACAAAAUCACAUGCAGAGCUCUCGAUGUGAGAGGCAAUAGUACUCUCGAUGUCACUUGUCCACCUCUAUUCCCGCCAAAGCACGGUUACCUGGAGUGCAGCCGGGACAGAGGGGGCAGCGAAAUGAAGGGGAAUGUUCAGGAAUCAACAAGAAUAACGAAUUUACCCGGAAGCGUUUGUAUUUUGCGGUGUCCUGGAGGAUUCAGAGUCUCAGGCAGCUUUUCUGUCCAGUGUGAUACUCAAGGGAAGUGGAGAGGAGAACAGGAUGGAGUGUGCAUCAAGUUCCCAACACCCCAUCUCACCUGUCCCCCUGACAUUAGAGUAGAAGUUUCUCCUGGAGAAGAUGCAGCCACAGUUCAAGUGACCCCCAAAACGGACUCGUCAACACUGGAGAGUGUUCCAAGCUGGGUCCUGUCGCAGGGUGGAAAAUUACGUCUCCAAGUUGGCGCCAUAAACAUCACGUAUAUUGCUAGACAUCCUAUUUCUCGUGUCUCAGUAUCCUGCACUUUCUCCGUAACGGUUUUGGACGGCCAACCGCCAUCCGUGACAUUCUGUCCGGCGGCACAAAAGCACACGCUGGACGACAACUCGAGCAGCAUCCCCGUCACAUGGCCUGAGCCCUCUUUCACGGACAACAUCAACGUGUCAGAUGUCACGAGAACAAAUAUUCCGGGAAACUAUUUCGGCGUGGGAAGUCAUUUGGUAACCUACACAGCUCACGAUGAGGCUGGCUGGAGUACAAAAUGCAGCUUUAAAAUCCUCAUUGGAAGUUCAAUGAGACGCCUCCAAGAACAAUUUCUGCGAUCACAGCUGCCAAAAUAUCACGAAUUGUACUGAGAAUGAGGGUUUGUGCGCAAAAAUGUGUGAUAAAUCUUAUCAGUUUCCCAAUGCGAAAGCUGCCCCAUGUACAAAGAAAAAUCUGUAGACAUGUUUCAUUAGUAACUUUAUUCACAAUCAUCCCUUCUUUCACAAAAGAGAACACUUCCGAAGGAACUUUUAGCGAGAAGAUUAUAAAUAUAAAUAUAUGUGUUUUUUUGUCGAAUAUUUUCUUUUUAUUUUCUUCUCGUAUUUAAAAACUAUACUAAAAUAAAAUAGAGAUUAGAUGCGAUGAUGAUCACCAGCUGAGAAAAACUUGUGUGAGUAUUAAGAUAAUCGUAUAAUCAUAGGAUUAAAAAGAGGCUAAGAGUGUGUGUGAGAGUAUUUCAAAAAAGUAAUUAGUCUGUUAAAAUGCAUUUAUCGGUACAAGGUUAAAAAAAACUCAAAGGAGGUAGAAGUUGCAGAGUCUUAAUAUCUUCCUGCUCCAUGGUUUUUUUUAGUUCCAGCGUCCACGCUCAAAUUGGGGAAAACCCCAGCGAUGAUAGUGACGUAGAGGACCUGAAAAAUAAAUUUAAAAAAAAAACUAAAAAUCAUGAUAUGUGAAAGAAAUCCCCUUAAAGUUAGGAGUUUUCUUCAAAAAUAAGUUAAGUGAUGCAAUACUUGGUCGAUGAGUGAUUUAAUUUUCAAUUUUAAAAGAAAGGAUAAAGGGAAAAGUUUCUUCAAAAUGAAUUAACAAUUUUUAAAAAGAAAAUGAGAAAACAAAUUUGCACGCACAAUAUAGGGAGAAGUCAGGCACCUUUGAAUUGGUGCACCUUCAAAAUGAGGCUUUUUUCUCCUAUUUUUAAAUGGAACUGAGCCUUAAUUUGUCUUAAUGCACAAUUGACUUGUGGAGUUAAAUAAUAUCACGGUAAGGUCCAGUUUCAAUUAACUCAAAAAAGGAAAAAAAAAUGUAGCAAAGUGUUCCAGCUUUGCGGAGUGGUCGAACUUACGAGAAAGAGUUCUCCGUGUAUUGUCUUUUCGCAUGGUUUUUCGAUACAUAUUGGUUUAUUGCUGUUUAAAUUGACAGAUAAAUAAAAAAAACAUUCCGAAAUAAAAGAUAAGGAAAACCCAUUUUAGAAUAAUUCAGCAUGAAUAACAAGCAUACGGAACAAAUAAAAAAGUAAAUCCAGGAAGGAUAUAUCACACGGGUACUUUACCGAUUCAUUACCGAUUAAGCCCGAUGCACCUUGGUUAGAAAAUUCAAUAUCUUUCACAACAAAUCCAAAUUUAGGCGAAUCGGUUGAAAAAUAGGCCCUCCAAAGUCGUUUGAUCUUCGAAAAUUCGACAUCGAAAUGUUUUUCGGACAUAUAGGUUUCUGAGAAAGAAAUAUUGUAGCACGAAUGCUACAAGCCCCACACCAGAACAUGCUGGAGCACCCUUCAUCGCUAGCUUCUCGGAGAUUGAGCCCCAUAUUGCCCAUUCCAAGAUGGCUACAAAUCCAGCGUCCUCCUUGCCUCAUUGGUGAGGACCGACUGAGGAGCCGAUUCGAUUGUGUCUUCGGAAUAACUUGCCGAGCGCUCACAACCCCACCUAGCGGGACUACAGUGAUAUCGUAACUUGAAGUUAGCCAUCGUUAUAGCACUCCUUGAGGUUACUACCCCAGCUGAACAGUGAUUGGUACCGUUGGCUUAGAAGAGUCUUCGUCAGGACGGGCUAACUCCCUCCAACUCCUCCAGGCUCAACAGUCCUACUACAAUAUCCACCUUUACUACCUCCAAAACAUAUUCGAAAAUGUAAAACAAAAAUCUAUGAGCCGUUUUCGAAAUAAACAAAAAACGUGGUUUUAGAGGUCAAGGAAGAGAUAAGAGGAAAAGUAAAAGACUGUCCCAGAUAUUAUUAACUUAUAGAAGGGAAGGGGUCAUCGAACCCCAAAAGUCAAUAUCUCUUACUUUUAGUUGUAUAACAAGUUUAAAAUGUAGAAUGGAGAAAAGAAAAAAGCUCUAAAUUGAAGAUACUCACAUUUAAAGGUGCCCUACUUUCCCUUAUCAUUCAAAGUAACAUUUAUUACUUUUUACUCGAAUUUCUUGGAGGAGAACAGUUUGGAAAAUUCUAUAGCUCGGAUCAGGGAAAAGUCUCAGUCAGAGGCUUGACUUUGGGCUUAACCCAUUAAAAGAUAAGUUUUUUAUUUAGUAAAGUGCAGCUAUAACAUACUAAAAAUUGUGUUAUUUAACUAAAUUUCCUGUCUAAUUUCCUUUUUAAUAAUAAAACCUCAAUUGCUUAUUUUACCAUAAACUUAUGUUGGUAAAAUGUGAAGUGUGAUGGCCUAAUGUGAUCAAAUUUUAAUAAUUAGAAUUGGAUCAACGGCAAUUUUAAGAUAUCCUUGACCCACUGUAUCUGAGGUCAAGAAAGUCGGGGUGCUUUUAAGUAUUUUUUAAUCGAAAACUUUAAGACCUAGCUAUAACAUACUAUUCCGAUCUAUGCUAUAGGGACCCAACUAUUAAGAAAACAAAGAAAAAAUCUUCAAAACGCAGAGAGAAGGGUGGUCCCUUAAUUCAGGAGUUAUUAAACUCGUAAAACCGGCCGAGAUAAUUUGUAGCCUAUAUAUUUUUCCUGGAAAAGUUUAGGCGCUAUUGGCAGCAGUCAAGAAAAUUUUGAAAUUAUUAAGAAUCCCACUUAUUAUUAAAUAUUUUUUUAGGUACGUAAAGUUAUCAAAAUUCCUGAUCAGAAAUUUUUCAUUUAUAUUUGAAUUUUUUUCAUUUGUCAGAAAAAAUUAAAUCGAUAGUUUAUUUUUAUGGAUAUUUUUAGACACUUUAAUUUGUACAAAAACAAAGAUGAAUUUUUUUUUUGUUUUUAUGUAUUCAAGUUUAUCAUUCAGUUCAUGGGUGUAUCAAAACCUAAUAAAAUGUGGAACUAUUUCUCACUUUAAUCUAAAUUUUAAAGAUUAUUCCACCGCAAACUCAAACUCAAACAAUUUUUUUUUUUGUAAUUCAUGUAUGAUUUUGGCAAAGAUUAUGAAUUAUUUAUUUUUAGACAGCUUUUAAUGCGUGAUUUCAAAAUAUUUCAGAAAAGACUUGCUUGAUACUCCCUUAAUUGAGUUACAUAUUUAUGAGCAAUUCAUUUAGAUAACUAGUACCUCUAAAAAUAAAUUUUCUACGUGGAUUAUAAAUGUUUGCAUAGCAUAGCCCCAUUUUCAAAAUUUAUAACGAUAGUUCACAAAUUUUAAUCAGUGUAUUUUAUUAUUUAUGAGAAAAUUUUAAACUAAAAAAAAAUAUUAUAAUAAAUCCAAAAUCACCUUCAAAAUUAUUUCCUCUUAAAUUCCAAAGUUUUGGGUACGUUUUAAAAAUUUUAAUUUAAUAUUAAUGAAACGACCACUUUCAUUUUUUUUUUUUUGCAAAAAUAUGAAGAAAUUGUUUAAAAAGCACCCCCUUUGGAUUUUACAUUGGUGCAGUUUUUCUUAAUCCCUUUCUCAACUUCCCGACAAAAACAACAUAGAUAUAAUGUAUAUAUAGGUGCAAGAGCUACAGAAGAAACUUUUCCAACGGCCAAACACUUGUAUCUUCCCCAACGAGUUACAAGUUGUGAACAAUUGAUAUUCAACGAGUGUCGUCUGCAUUGUUGAAUCUCAUGAUUUUUUUUCUGCCACCCUCUCCUCAACUUCCUCUUGAGCAAAAGUUUUUCUUCCACGUCCGAAAACUUUUCGCUGCAUUCACAACUUGCCAACCGAUUAAGUAAUUAAAAUUUAAGAUCUUCAGUAAUUGUAUAAAAAUGCAGAUUUUUCACUUCCCACUAACUCUCAAAGUGUUUUGCAGCUCUUUUUUUCAUGAUAAAAUCUUUCUCAUAAUUCAAUUGAAGCUUGAGAACUUCGUCUUAUGCUUCUGAAAUGGACAAUAAAAUAUUGAGGAGCCGUUUUACACUAUUGUAGAGAAAUCCUUUGCAUUUUAACAGGUUUUUGAUCUUGAACUUUUUUUCCUUCUACCUCUGCAGUGAGUUUUUUGAAUUUGUCUUUCAGCAAGUUUUUCUUUGUUAAAAUAAUAAUUAAUAUAUAUGCCCAAAUACUGAGGGCUUAAGAGGUUUUAUCAAUGUAAAAAAAAUAGUUUAUAACUUGUAAGAAAUACGUCUUGACUUUUUUUUUCAAGAAAUGGUAAAUUUUUAUCAAAAUAAAAAAGAAUUUAUUUUAAUUAAGCAAAAGUGAUAAUUUCUGUAAUUCCAUGUUCUCUGGACAUGAUAACUCAGAAUUCUUAAAAUGAGCGUGAAAGAAGGCAGUGUCCCCUUGAAAGUAUGUAAAACUGUGUAGAAUGACAAAAUUAAAGAAAUAAAGUAAAACCACCCUUUUGGACAAAAAAAAAA